AGAAAAAAUAAAACGAAAGCUUGAAGAGGUUAUGUUAUAAUUUGUAAGUUGUUGAAAUUUUUAGUGGAGUGCUUAACUUUUUUACUUUAAAGUAAAUUCAAAAUAUCUUUUGCGGCGAUAGUCAAAUAUUUGGUGGUAGUUCAAAAGUACUUAUAAUAUCCUAUACCGCAUCAAAUAAUGAGAUAGAUCCUCAUGGUUGCGAUUUGCGUUGCUUAUAAAUAAAUAAAUAUCUUUAUUUAGCACUUGGCUACUUAUAACUAAAUUAGAAACAUUAAAAAAUCAACUUUGAUUCCGCAAAUACGUAAACAGCCGUUUACUAAAUUUAUAUACAUUUUGUACAUUUUUAAUAUCAGCACUCAAUUCAUUAAAAGAACGAAGCCCUUCAUAAAACAGUGUUUUUUGCAAUGCUUAGGUUCGUACAAUGUCAAGAUUAUAGAUUUGUUUGGAUCUAACAUUAUAAUUAUGAAACUGCAGUCGUUUCUUUAAGUAUGCAUUUAAAUACUCUGGCAUUAGGUUAUGUUCAAUUUUAUAUAUUAAAAGGAGAUUCGCUCUUUUAAUGUUCUCUCAACAGUUAGUCAAUUUAGAGUCUUAAGCAUGUAAUCAAUCGGUGUAUAUUUACUACAAUAAUGUUCUGUUGUAUUUGUAAUUUACGCACCUCUUCCUUGUUGCAAGAAAUUAAUACUGAGCUACAAUAUGUAAAGUGAGGCAAAAUUAUGAUUUUAUAUAUCAUCAUUCUCGUCCAUUCAGAAACACAAUAAGAUAUUCUACUGAAAAACCCUAUUUUUUGACCUAAUUUCUUACAUAAAUAAUCAACAUGAAUUGAAAAAUUUAAUUGUGGAUCUAAAAUGACACCCUAAUAUUUAAUUUCGUUUAUAAAUUCUAUAGGCACACUGUUUAUGGAUAAGGACAAAUUUAUAUUAUAAAAUUUUUUUCAAUUUAUAGCUGACCAUACAUUUUGUUUUUGAGGAGUUUAAUUUUAAUCUAUUCUGACACAACCAUUUAUACAAUAUCUUAAGUUCAUCAAUUAAAAUAUUUAUAAUUUCUAAAUAGUUUUGCCCAGACACUGAUAUAAGGGUAUCAUCAGCAAAUAAAUUAACAAAACAAUUUUUUAAAGCCAUAUGAAGAUCAUUAAUAUAUAUUAUAAACAAAAGUGGUCCCAGGACACUUCCCUGGGGUACACCCAGCACACUUUCCUUCUUUUGAGAUACCCUGCCUGAUAUUUUUAUUCACACCAUAGUGUUCCAGUUUUCUUAUAAGAAUUCGACGGUCAAUCACCAAUGUUUAUUUUCUCUCGCCAAUUUGUAACAUGUACUGAAUCGUUUACUCACAGGAAUGCUGGUAAAAGAUUAAUAGGCCUAAACUCUGAAGGUUUCUUUGGUUUAUUUACUUUUUGGAUAGGUGUUAUCACACUAGUUUUUAUGUCAUGCGGUAUUUUUCCGGUGCUGAUUGAGGCAUUAAUCAAGUAUAGAAGGGGAUAUCCAAUUACACAGAAUAAUUGCUUUACUAGUUUAAUAUUCAAACUGUCAUCGCUCGAACUUUACUUUUUAAGUCAUAUAUAACUUUUCUUAAUUGAGACAAAUUUAUGGUCUCAGAAUGGGAAAAGUUUGUUUCGGUAUUAAAAUCUUGGCUUUCCCAAUUUUCAUACUCUAUACUCUCUGAAACUUCAUGCAACGAGUCUGAAAAGAAUUCAUUGAAGUUUUCCUCUACAGAGCUGUUCAAAAUCUAUUUCCAUGAAAUCAGUAGAUUGUUUCUUUGUUCCAUUUAAUUCCUUCAGCGUUCUCUAAUAUAUGAAUAUAUUAUCGUCAUUCAGAUUUCUACUGUAAUAUGGGUGUUUCUCCUCUGAUCUUCUAUUUACCUCAAUAUUUACUCCAAUAAUUUCAUGAUCACUUAUGCUAGGGAAAUUUCUCUGAACCUCCUGCAUAUUGGUUAGGUAUAAGUCAUUGGUUAUUAUAUAAUCAAUUAACGAAGACAAUGAUUUGUUCUCCUAGUCUCAUUGGUUACUACUUGUUUAAAUCUUGAACUUUGAAUAAUGUUUCUUAUUCUUCUUGUGCCACUGUUGUUUUUUUGCCAGUCAAUGUUUAUGUCUCCCAGAAAUACAGCUAUUUGCUUAUGUAAUAAUUCAUCACCCAAUUUAUCUUCUAAAUAUUGCAAGAAAUUGCAUUCUUCGAUUUGUUGUUCCAAUCUCGACAAAUUUUUAGUAACAUCCAGGUUAAUUUUAACUCUGUCAACGCAGGCAUCACAAAACCAAGAGAUUUCUGGCAUGUCUGUUUAGAAUGUUAAUUUGUUUCAGUUGAACUACAAGAUGUAUUUGAAUCAUCUACAUCUAUUUGAUUAUCUCACUUCAGUUGUAGCACUUUCCUUUGAAUUCUGUAUAGUAGUCCGUUUCAUAAACACGCUUGAGUUUUAAAAAUUCCACCAAUUUUCUCAACGCUCAUUUCGACCCACCUUUUGAGAAAAGUCGUAGUGAACGUUAGUGAUAAAGUUAUGAGUGACACUCGUCGCCACCACUGCGUUCGUAGUCGCUAUGUGGAACGCACAAGAGUAUUUCUGGCGCCGUAAGCGCUAAGUGAAAUGCACCUCUAAACAAAUGAAGUGACUAAUAUAUGUCACAUGUAACUCAAAUAUAGUUCUAUGAUAACGAAUAUCAACAAAGUAUGUUGUGUCGAAUCUGUUUACUUGUUACCAUCAAUCCAUCAAAUUAAAAUACUAAUUUCAUUAAAUUUGAAGGUACUUUAAUUUCGUCUUUAAUUAGCAAUGAUAUAAAGCUGUAAUAAAAUAAUUCACAUGGAGGGUAUUCUAUGGAAAUGGACUAAUUAUUGGAAUGGAUGGCAGACCAGAUGGUUUGUAUUAGAGAACGGAGUAUUAUCAUAUUAUAAAUCACAAGAUGAGGUUAAUCAGGGCUUUAAAGGCUCACUAAAAGUUCAAGCUUGUGAAAUAAAUGUAAGUCCUUUGGAUAAUACUAGAAUGGAUCUUGUAAUUCCUGGAGAACAACACCUUUAUCUCCGGGCAUCUACUUCCCAAGAAAGACAGCAGUGGUUAGUAGCUUUAGGAACAGCAAAAGCAUGUGUCCAAAGUAAUGGAAAAAACAUAGAUCCUAAUCCUGAUGCUCUUAAAUCAAAGAAAUCAGAAUUGAGGUUGUAUUGUGAUUUGUUGAUGCAACAAGUACAUGUUAUAAAAUCAUCAGCACAACAUGAAAAUGGUCCUGAUACAGAGAAAAUGGACGAAGCUACUAGAUUUUUAGGUGCCACUUGUGAUACUUUUAUUAAGACUCUCGAGGAAUGUAUGAACCUCUCAAAUGUAGAUGCUAAAAGUUCAUUGACUCCCAUUAAUGAUAUACCUUUUCCGUUGCCAAAUUCAAUUCCAUCCAAUAGAAAGAAAUAUUCUCUGAAGACCACACCUCAAGACUUAUAGAUUUAAUUCGUUGUACAUUUAAUCUGAAUAGUUUUUAUAUUUAUACAAUAUUUGAUUUGAAUUGCCUUUUGUGUAAUUCAAGUAGUUAUUUAUUAUUUAAAAAAUUUAUUAGAAUAUCAAUAUAAUCGUACUUAGAAAAGAUAAUUAAUUUUUACAUUACACGGUGUGUGUACAUAUUAAAGUAAUUAGUUUACAGAAUUUGUUAAUAUAUUGAAGUUAAUUUGUGUUAUUUAUUUUCAUAUUGAAAUCGCCAAAUUUAAAUAAUAUAGGUACAGUUACCACCGUGUUAUCAGCUUUUAAAAAUGAUAAGUUUUUUAAUAUAUACAAAAUAUUGACUAAAUUUUAGAUGAAUAUCAUUUAUUUAUAUGUAAAAAAUACAAAGUUAGUAGUAAAAAUUGGAAAAUCCAAUAGUUCGCUUUUUUAUAAAAAAAAAUCUAAAAAUAUCUCAUUUUUUUAUAUUUCAUGUUUAUAAAUUGUUAUUAUAUAUUUAUUUCCAGGUUUAUUGUUAUGAAUUUUCAAUAAAUUUAUUAUAUCUUCAAUAAAA